AUGGUGUCACAGCAGCGAGCAUCUUUUGCGAUGCUCGAUCCCACCAUGGACUCGUCAUCGCUUACCAUUGCCAUCGAUCCCGUGGCUUUGGUGACCACUGAAUGUAUCACUGUCACUUCGUCUAUGCGCAAGCAUGCCCGCUGGGCUCAUUCCUCGGUCUCCGCCAUCUUGGGCGGCAAUGGAGCCUCUCGUGUCUAUGAGCGGGAUACAUCUGCUCCCCCGAGCCCAAAUCCACGCAGAAAUGGGCAAUCCACACCUCGUCUCGACGAAGACCAUGUUCUGGCCAACCGGUGGGGUUUGCGAGGGAAGAAGGGGAAGAGCAUGCAGGACAACCCAUUGAUAUCGGCUUUCACACGAUUGCGAAGCGAUUUGAAAGACUGCAAAGACAUCCGAACUUUUGAUACCCCGGCUUUACUCCAUCCAUUCUUACAGGUCAUCCGCUCCUCCUCGACCUCCGCCGCAAUUACAUCUAUCGCCUUGGUCUCCAUUACCAAGUUCCUUUCGUACAAUAUCAUCAACCCAAAUUCUCCCCGUCUCCCUAUGGCGAUGCAGCUACUCUCAGCUGCGAUCACACAUUGCAGGUUCGAAGCUAGCGACUCAUCGGCAGACGAGAUAGUGCUACUGAGGAUUCUGAAACUGAUGGAGGGCAUACUUUCGCGACCGGAAGGCGAGCUUUUGGGCGACGAGAGUGUCUGCGAAAUGAUGGAAACAGGAUUGAGCAUGUGCUGUCAGGGCCGUCUGUCGGAGGUACUGCGGAGAUCUGCAGAAAUGGCAAUGGUUAAAAUGUGCCAGGUAAUCUUUAUGCGCCUGUCGCAUCUUGAUCAUGAAGUUCCCGCAGGUCCGGAACCAUUUGCAGGUGAAGACACAAAAGAUGAUUCAACAUCUCGUCUGAAGAUGGACCCGUCAGUCAAUGGAGAUACCGUCACAUCGCAGCACCUGUCAGCCAUCAGCGGAGACACAGCUGUGGCAGAGCGACGCAGCACCAGCCGGGAGGGCUCACCUGAGCAAUCCGGAAAUGGUAGCGCAGAAGCCGCACCACCAAGCCCGAACGAUGAUACCGAGACUGAGCUUCAGCCUUAUUCAUUGCCAUCAAUCAGAGAGCUAUUCCGUGUCUUGAUCGACCUCUUGGAUCCUCAUAACCGACAGCACACCGACGCAAUGCGAGUGAUGGCACUUCGCAUUAUUGAUGUUGCCUUGGAGGUGGCAGGUCCCUCUAUUGCUCGGCAUCCCAGUUUGGCUGCUUUGGCCAAGGACGAUCUUUGUCGAUAUCUCUUCCAAUUAGUGAGGUCAGAACAGAUGGCUAUCCUGACUGGCUCUUUGAGAGUGGCUGGAACAUUGCUAUCAACCUGCAGGCCGGUUUUGAAAUUGCAACAAGAACUUUAUAUCUCGUACUUGGUGGCUUGCUUGCACCCUCGCGUGGAAAUACCGCGAGAACCUGGCAUUGACCCAUCCCUCUAUGAAGGCAUUCCUCAAUCACCCAAGUUGGUGAAGCAGCCGGCUUCACAAGCCAACAGCGGCAGAUCUACACCUGUUCCCGUCAAAGAUCGACAGAAGUUAGGACUUGAGGGUGGAUCACGAAGGCCCGAAGCCCGAGAGGCAAUGAUUGAAAGCAUUGGCUUGUUGUCACGCAUACCUAGCUUCAUCGUUGAACUUUUCGUCAACUACGAUUGUGAAGUGGACCGAGCGGAUCUUUGCGAGGACCUGAUUGGAUUGCUCUCUCGCAAUGCUUUCCCUGACUCUGCGACUUGGAGCACUACCAAUGUUCCUCCAUUAUGUCUGGACGCUCUUUUGGGCUAUGUGCAAUUUAUCUAUGAUCGAUUGGAUGAUGAACACGUACAGGGAGACUAUCCUCCCCAAGAGAAGUUGAGAAAACAACGCCAGACAAAAAAGCUCAUUAUUAAGGGAACACAGAUGUUCAAUGAAGAUCCCAAGAAAGGCAUCGCCUUCCUCGCAAGCCAUGGUGUGAUUGAGGAUGCUCAGAACCCCGUUCUGGUCGCUCGCUUCUUGAAAGGAACGUCCCGCGUGUCAAAGAAGAUGCUCGGAGAGUAUAUCUCCAAACGUAACAACGAGGGGCUGUUAGGCGCAUUUGUCGAUCUUCUUGACUUCUCAGGACGUACUGCGAUUGAAGCACUUCGAGAGCUACUUAGUUCAUUCCGUCUACCCGGUGAAUCGCCCCUUAUUGAGCGCAUUGUGACGACGUUUGCGGAACAUUAUAUGGACAAAGUGAAGCCGGACACUAUCGCCGACAAAGACGCACUCUACAUCUUGACCUAUGCUAUCAUCAUGCUGAACACCGAACUCUACAACCCCAACGUGAAAUCCCAAAAUCGUAUGACUUACGCUGGGUUCGCAAAGAAUUUGCGAGGCGUUAAUGGGGGUGGUGACUUCACAGAGGAUUUCCUCCAGGACAUCUUUAAUUCUAUCAAAAACGAGGAGAUCAUUCUUCCCGACGAACAUGAAAACAAGCAUGCAUUUGAUUAUGCCUGGAAAGAACUGUUGCUAAAGUCUUCAUCUGAUGGCGACAUCAUUGUCGGAGAGACGAACGUGUAUGAUGCCGAGAUGUUCAAGGCUACAUGGAAACCAGUGAUUGCAACUCUUUCUUACGUCUUCAUGUCUGCAUCCGACGAUGCAGUAUAUUCUCGUGUUGUCAAUGGUUUCGACCAGUGUGCACAGAUCGCUGCUCGCUAUGGCUUGACCGAGACGUUUGAUCGUAUUAUCUUUUCUCUUGCGUCAAUUAGUACUUUGGCUACUAGCAAGCCUCCAAGCACAGCGCUCAACACAGAGGUACAGGUCGGUCAGAAGAGUGUAAUGGUAAGCGAGCUGGCUGUCAAAUUUGGCCGAGACUUCAGAGCACAACUAGCAACUGUUGUACUGUUCCGAGUACUCUCGACAAAUGAGGCAACCGUCAAACAAGGCUGGGAAUAUGUCGUCCGCAUCUUGAGCAACUUGUUCAUCAACUCUCUCAUCCCUCCAUUUGAUGCUGAACUGACAUCCGAGCUUGAAAUAUCUCCGAUUCCAUUGCAGCCUCCGUCACAGGUGGUUGAUCGGGAUGGACGUAAUAACGACACUGGAAUCCUGUCUGCAUUUACAUCUUACCUUUCAAGCUAUGCAGCAGAUGAUCCUCCUGAGCCCUCAGAUGAGGAGCUUGACAACACCCUUUGCACAGUGGACUGUGUGACAGCGUGCUCUAUCUCCGAAAUCUUGACAAAUAUCAAGUCUCUUCCUCUUUCUUCGUUGGAGAUGCUUGUGGAGGCUUUGCUGUCCUUGCUUCCCGAGGAGAAUGCACCAGCAGUGAUUGUUGUAAAACCCGAACGCCCGACACCCAGUUCAAGACCUGCAAACAACAGGGUUGAUCCCAACCAGCCCAAAUAUGAUCCCUCGAUGAUCUUCGUUCUGGAGUUGGCAACCGUGCUCACUCUCCGUGACGAAAAGACUUUGGAAGUCCUUGGUGAAAAUUUAGCAACAACCCUUCAGACACUGGUGCGCGAUGCGAAAAACCUCCACCCGCUGGCCGUGUCUCGUGUUGUCUCAUACCUCCUGAAUCUGUUGCGACUGAGCCAUGACCAACACUUCAUGCGCGUACCUGUUGUACUCCAUGCUAUUUCUGGAUUUGACCAGGAUAUCUUGGAAACUGUGGCGACUCCCACAGUGAAAGGUCUAGCCAGGUGCAUUGGCCACACAGGUCGUCUACGAAAUGAGAUCACAAUUUCUCCGGAUUUCUGGUCAAUUUUGCAAAGACUUCACCAACAUGAGGCGGUCGCUUCGCUUGUUUUCGAUCUCCUCCAAAGCAUUGUCCAGUCAAUGCCCGAUAUCAUCACCGCUGACAACUACGAAUUUGUGGUCAGCUUGGCCAACGACUUCGUCAGCGCGGGACGUGUGGGAUCUAUCGAAGAACGGCACAGAGAUGCUCAAGCCCGUCGUAACAAGGGCGUCAAACAACCCAAGUCAAGUGAGAAUCAAGUCGUGACUCGCGGCGUGAAGGCAAUCGGCCUGAUCUAUCAUCUGACUGGACGAGUUCCGGCUCUCAUCAAACAAUCCCAUCUCGAAGAGAACGAAGCCUGGGCCGCCUACUGGUCGCCUAUCUUCCAGUCACUGACCGGCCAAUGCAUCAACCCAUGUCGCGAUAUCCGGCACCAUGCUAUUUCCACGCUACAGAGGUCCCUUCUCUCCGCCGAACUAGUCUCGAGCGAUGAUCAAGAGUGGACUAGCAUCUUCGAUGAGGUCUUAUUCCCGCUUGUCAUACUGCUUCUGAAGCCAGAGGUCUACCACUCUGAUCCCUUUGGCAUGAGUGAGACACGAUUCCAAGCCGCAACUUUGGUUUGCAAGAUCUUCCUACGCUUCCUCGAUCAGCUUCCCAACCGGACGGGUAUGCUUCCUCUCUGGCUCAGGAUCUUGGACAUCCUAGACCGUAUGAUGAACAGUGGUCAGGGUGAUAGUUUGGCGGAAGCAGUCCCCGAAAGCUUGAAGAACAUUCUUCUUGUCAUGGCCGAUGGUGGCUACCUCGUAUCCCCAUCCCAAGACCCGAGCAAGGAAGAAAUCUGGAACGAGACCCGCAAACGCCUUGGCCGGUUCUUGCCCGAUCUAUUCUCGGAGAUCUUCCCAGAUGUUCCCCAGGAGCUCGUAAAGUCUCACCCAGGCUCUACAGUCUCAUCUCCACAACCGCCCAAUGAGGCAGAAAAGGCCAGCGAGGAAGAGCAGAAGAGUGAAGAUACCGAACCUCAACAAGAAACCGGGGAGGUGGAGGCCAACGCCGAGACCCAGCCUCAAGAGUCCAAGGAAGGUACUCCCUAG